GUUUAACAGGCAUUGAGUAAUGAAUUUACUUGGAACAUUUUAUUUUGUAUUCCUUUUUUCUGUUGUUUACGGCGCUGACGUCUGUCGUAAUGGAUGGCUCAGAUAUAACGAAUCUUGCUAUCUUUUUAGUAAAACGCCAGUAGAUUGGGCUGAUGCACUUGCAAUAUGUGCAGCUUUCAAGUCACAACUAUUAGAAAUAGAAACAGCACAUGAAGACACGUUUAUCAAAAAUCAUCUUCGAAGCCUUCAUGACCAUGAUUCUAGUCCACCGAGUGGAUAUUGGAUGGGAUUGAAUGAUAUAGAAGUACCAGAUGAUUUCAGAUGGGUUUCAUCAGAUAAGACUGCAACAUAUGUAAGCUGGUAUCCAGGACAACCGGAGGGUCAUACUCAUCAAAAUUGUGGGGUUUUAUGGACUCCUUUUCAGUUCGAUUGGGGCGAUUACUUUUGCAAAGAUACUAGUUUGUAUUUUAUUUGUGAGAAGGGAAGCAUGGUUGACAGUGGAGAAAUCAUUGGUUGAAUAGGAAGAACAGUAGACAGAUUCUCAUUUAUUUAGCCGUUGCUAAUUAUACCUACAGAUGAUUUUAAGAAACAUUAUUUUUUAACAAAAUUAUCCAAGAGUUUGUGUUUUAAUAAACUUAAAUGAUGAAACAAAUGUACGCGUUGCUAUCCUUAGCACAACCCAUUUGUAACUCAAAGUAUCAGACAACAGAUUGUAUGUGUCUCCAAAAUGUACUCACAAAUGCACUUUUUAGCUACUGACUAACCAUAAACUUAUUCUGGUCAGUAAAUCGCGAGAAAAAUGAAACAUGGGAUAAAACAGUGAAGGAAAUAUUUGUCGGACAAACGAAUGAACGGAUUAUAUAUAUAUAUGCAA